UGCGAAUUAGCAAGUCAAAUCUUAAAAGUUAGGCAGGCAGGGCACAUAAACUUUUUUGUCCUCCUAAGGAAAAUCCAAACCGAAUGAAAAAAAGGUUAUACGGCAAGAAAUUUCGUCACAAAAUGAGCUGGUUCGACUCCACGAUUCUCCAAACUUGUCUCGGCUUUGGAAGUUUUGGUCUCGUUUUUAAAGCCGUUGACGACACCAGCACACAAACAAAAUCAGAUUUACAAUUACAACAAUGUUCCGCCGUGAAAAUAAUUUUUCUCGAAAACAAUGCCGACGACGAGGAAGAUGACGACCGCGACCACGACCUUGACAAGGAAGAGGUCAGAAUUUCCCGUGAAUACGAACUCCUCAAAGGCAAGACCCACCCGCACAUCGUUUCCGCUCAGCACCUCAUCCAAAAGUGUUUCAGUCCAGGGGAACUAGUCGACAUUUUCAGUAACGUGUCCUCCCCCACAAUCGAAGAUGAGAGGCAAUACCUCAUGAUGCGAGCCUACUAUUUGGAUCGUGUCCAUGAAUUCGGACAAGUUCGUGCGUUCUGCUUAAAAAUGGAGUUGUGCGGAGAAACUUUGCGAGACUGGUUGAAAUGUCAGUGUCAUCCUGAUAAGAAACGAGUUGAGGGUAAACUGUGGGAUAAAUCGUUCUUAACUGUGCAGGCCGCCAUUGUGCAAGGAUUAUUGGACGGGAUGAAGUUUUUACAUCGGAAUAAAAUCAUUCAUAGAGAUUUUAAGCCGGAAAAUGUCAUGUUUUCUGGAAUUGGGUAUAUUCUUCCGGUUAAAAUUGGAGAUUUCGGGUUAUCAAGGCAGAUACAUACGGAACAAAGUUGUACGGGGAUACUGACGAUAAAUCAAGGAACUAUGGCUUAUCGCGCUCCAGAAAUGAAUUCUCACACCUACGCCGAACCUGCCGAUCUCUACGCUCUGGGCCUCGUUCUCCUCGAAGUCCUCCAACUCGUCCCACACUCCGAGAGGAACACACUUUUCGACAAGAUCGUCAACGACAAUGAAACCGACCUAAUUUUGGAACAUUGCCUCAUCCCGAAUGCAAAACAGGUAGUGAUUCGUCUCACCCGAAAAAAGACGAGUGAUCGAUUCUCCUCAAUUGAAGAUGUUUUCAUGCCCACUUCUGAUUUCUUAAAUGUCUCCAGUGCCUCUCAAUUAGCUCAAUGUUUUGCCCAUUGUCACGACGGGGAUCACAUCCUGAUCCACAGCGGUGUCUACAGCGGAACUUUUAUCCUUCGAGAGAAGAACAACAUUGUUUUAAAAGGGGUCGAGUCUGGGAACGUGCUAAUCCGGAACGAGUCCCACAAUUUGACCAGCUCCACCCUCGCCGUUUUACAAGUGAUCGGAAAUUCCUGCCUAAUUCGGGACAUUUCCAUCGACUCGACGCAAGUUCACUGGGGUCUUUCUGUCACCGGAGAUUCCAACUCGGUUAAAAACCUGGAAAUUAAAGACAGCCAGAACGCCGUCACGAUACACGGAGCCAAUAACAGCGUGACGAAUCUGGUCAUAAAAUCUGCCACGUGGAACGGCUUAUCCAUCCAUGGAAAUUGUAACCGGGUCAAAAAUCUGUCCUGCGCAUCGGGCUAUGCCGGAGUGAAUAUUCACGGCAGCCAAAACCAAUUUAGUGCCAUAGUCGUCACCGCAAAGUCGACCAAUUUGGACAUGGGCUACUCCGGGGUUCGUCACGGAACCGGAAAUCAGAACGAAGUUGACGGUUUAACGUGCCACAUUUCUAAACGACCUUUCUCCGAGUGGGGGUUCAGCUGUUUUAGUACAAAGGCUAAUUACUUUAUACUGAGGAAUGUCGUGUGUCAUUACAUCCUCAUUAACGGGUUUGGUCACAAGCUGGAGAAUGUGGUGUGCAAGAAGGUUUUGCGGGUUUACGGGUGGGGGCAUGUUCUCAACUCGGUGAGUGGGGACAGGCUCGAAGUUCUCGAGCAUGGACAGAGUGGUGGUGGUUCGAGUAUUAAUAGUUCGAUGGGAACGGUUAACGUGGUCAAGUGCAAGUUUAAGAGGACGAUUUUUAGCAGGAAUAAUGACGCCAAGUGCUUGAAAUGCAGGGGAUGCGGAUCCUCUCCCAAAAUCGGACUCUUUUCCGGAAAGGAUCCGACACCAUGUAAGCAGUGUCCAUUUCAAUUUUCAGGAAGUUUAAUUGCGUGGGGCUCUCGUGUGGGUGCCAAAGCUGGAUGGCAUUCCCGUCCGAUCGAGUGAAGAGUGGUUGUCUAAACGAUAAGUCGAUAGGUCAAUAAUGACCUCGUUGGAGUGACAGUUAAAAUUAUUUUGUUACCUUUUGGCAGCAAAGUUUGUAAACACGUUGACCAAAAAUUGACUAACUUGAAAUUCAGGGUCUAAAAUAUAUAUUUAUGAAUACGUAUCAAAGUUACAAAUUUUGGUGCAUAUAUAAAAUAAAAUUACCCUCUCUAUUAAAUCCGUGAUAUGUCAACGAGCUAUUAAACACGUAGAACAAAUCCUAAAUAUAAAAUUAAUGUAAGUAAUUUGUAUUUUUGUACGAAAUAAAUAUAAAAUUGUUCUUUCA